AUGUCCGAAACAAAUGAUAAAUAUCCAGCACCUAUUCAUGCAUAUGAAGGCAGCGACUCAGAUAGCGAUGAAUAUGUGACCAGCGGCCGCGCUUUUCGUGAUGUGAAGGAAAAGGAACUCAAAUCCCAAAGUCAAGGCUCGCAGUAUGAGGCGAGACGGCGGGCGCUAAUUCGAUCUCAUCAUCAACCUCAAUUUCAAAGUGAAGAGAGCUCAGCUUCACGAAACCCAGUCGCUCAGUAUCCAAGCCCGCGACAAAGAAAGGCAACCCAAACUUCCAACGUCAAGAUGGAUGGAAAAUUUCCUGAUUUUGGGUCUUUGGCACAGGGAGAAUUGGCUCCUAAAGGCGAGGCUUUUGUGUCCUUUGCACUUGUCAAAAAAUACGUGGAUAUGUACAUCGGCAAAGCAAAUUCUCCAAAGGUCUCCGAAGCCUACUUCAACAAUAGUAAAAUCUGCCAACGCAAAUGGGAUCUCUUCUACAUAUACCGUCUCAAGCAUGACCAGAAUUUCAGACCUAUCGUGAUUGUUCCAACGAAACAUUUCAUUCACUUCCUCGACGUAAUAAACGAAGAUCUGGGAACCAAGCUCACCAUCCCUGUUGGAAAUAAAGCUUUCUCCAUCAGCUUCACCAACGACCGAACUCCACGUCCACGCUAUCUAGGAAGGUCGACUACACCAGCGACAGCCAGCAGGCUUGUAGAGGAAGUUCCGCCAACAUAUUACAGACGACCAAACGAACCGGAAACCAUGGAACCUACAAACGCUGAUAUCGAUGCUUUCCAUGCCAAGAUCCUCCUAAUCACGCAGGCCCAAGCAGCCAAAAACAAGGCGAAGGGAGAACAGAAGGCCAAAAGUCAGCAAAGAACUCGGAAGGAUUGGGGUGAUUCCAUCAAACGCGUACAACGUUAUAUCGGACUCCGUCAAAACUGUAAAUCUGACAACAUUGAACAAAAUUGGGAAGAAGUCGAUUCAGAUAUCAUCCUCAGCUCGACUCUCAAGUUUAACCCAGAAGCGCCAGCACCGUUUCCACUAGAGAAAGGCACCAUCUUUAUUUGCGUCGAUAUCGAAGCUUGGGAGGAUUCUCAUAAUAUCAUCACUGAAAUCGGUAUUGCGACACUUGACACCCGCGAUCUCGCUGGUCUGGCUCCGGGGAAAGCAGUAGCUAGUGAGGAUGGUAGUGAAGGUAAAGGCUGCGAUGGUCCGGCUUGGAGAGCAGCAAUUCGUGCUCGUCACUUUCGGAUUCGAGAGCAUCAACAUUACAGAAACACGAAACAUGUUCGAGACUGUCCUGAUAAAUUUGAAUAUGGCACCUCCGAAUGGAUAUCCCUCAAAGACGCCCCUACAACCAUCGCAUCCUGCUUCAAAUAUCCGUUCUCCAACUCGAAAGCUCCUGCACUCGCUGAAGGAGAAUCAUCCGAAAAACGAAACAUCGUCCUUGUAGGCCACGACCUUGGCGGAGAUAUAGACUACAUGCGCAAAGUCGGCUAUAACGUCCAUAAUCUUGGUGGUCUCAUCGAUCAUAUUGAUACGAAAUAUAUGUGGCAAUACCUUACACGUGAUAUCCAAGGCCGUCGACUUACUGCUAUUCUUGCUGAUCUGGGGCUUGUUGGAUGGAAUCCUCAUAAUGCUGGCAAUGAUGCUGUGUACACGCUCUAUUGCAUGCUUGGAAUUGCAUUUAGACAUCUGACCGAACGAAAUGAGAGGGGAGCCUGGAAAGAGAAAAUGCUGGAGUUGGCUGAGCAGAGAGUUGCCGAGGCGGUUGAGAAAGCUCGUGAAGCUGCUAGGCAACGCGAAGAAGGCUGGUCAUCGGAUGGCGGGGGUAGUGAUGGGGGAGAGGGUAUCAAACCUAUUCCUACCAUGCCAAAAGGAAAUUUCAAAGCCGCGCCGGUCACUAUGUCUUCAGAUACGACAGCAGCUACCAAUAGACGUAAUACCGUCAACUGGGGAUCUAGCAAUUUUAACAACACGAAUGCCGAGACGGGCUGGGGCUCCAGCAAAAGAACUGGCGGUGGAUGGGGCAAACCCUGGGAGAAUGAGGCUAAACAUGUUGGAGAUCUGGGGAAGGGUCUGGGAGAUUUAACUUUGAACCAGAAAAGGGAGGGGAAGCCAUCCAACUCUCCGAAAUGGCCCAUCAAUGGAUCGAAUACUAAGCCUGCGCCAAACAAGUCAUCAAAGUCUUCCAGAGGCGAUGAUUGGGGUCUGAAUAAUGGAGAGAAAACUUAUGGUUGGUAG